AUGAAAACAGCCACUGUCAGUUCAAAUCAUACACCAGUUGUUGUCUCAUCAAAUUUUAAUCAGUUAACUCCAUUAAUGACAGAAGACUACAAAGGUGAUACUAAUGGAGACUCUACAACUUCAAACAAUACAACCACAGAUGAUCCAAUGAUUGUUGUUUCAAUGAAAGAUAAUCUAAUUAAUAAUAAUAAUAAUAAUAAUAAUAAUAAUAAUAAUAAUAAUAAUAAUAAUAAUAAUAAUAAUAAUAAUAAUAAUAAUACAACACCAACAACAACAACAAGCAGAGGUUUCGCUCCAAUAAGAGAUGACGACUAUCUUCCACAACAACAACAACAACAACAACAACAGGUUCAAGAUUCGACGAUAAAUGGAAAUACUUAUAUAAAUGGCAACGGUAAUGGCAAUGGUAAUGGUUGUAGUGGUAGCAAUGGAAAUAGUAGUUCUCUAACAUCGUCACCUUCGAAGUUGACAUCGUCUAAACCACCAAGUCCAGUGCAACUUCCAGAUUCACCGAGUUCACAGUUACUGAAUAGCAGUAUUCUCGGUUUGAAGGAUGUUCACUUGGCACCAGAGUUGUGUGAAUUGUUCUCUUGUUUCAGACGCUACAAAGCAGCGAUCUCUGGUAAGCGCGAAGACGAGCUCACCAAGUACCAGACCAUGGUGAACCAGCUGUUUGAACGUGACUACCACAUCUCAUUCAUCAACAACAAGAACGGUGAACUCUGUGCCACCUACCCACCAGAGCUGAUAGUCAUAGAGGCAGAGCGUGAAAACAAAUGUAAAGGUUGCAUUGAAAGAGAUAUACAACCAAUCAAUAACUCUCAGACAAUGCAAAAAGUCUUGAGUAGUUCAAGAUUUGCUCGAGUUAGAACAAGAUUCCCGUUUCCAGUGAUCUACUAUCACAACAAGAAUCUGUGUCGUUCAUCAACUCUGUCUAAAAAGAUUGAGUAUAUGUUUCAAACUGGUGUAAAUUCAAUGAAGAAGCAAUUUGGUAACAAUGGUGCACAAAUGGAAGAAUCUGAAAAUGGAGAUACUCAGAACAUGGAGAAUCUUAGGAACAACGAUAUUUCGGCAAUUAAACAUCUCUCUGUAAAAUAUAUUUGUGAUUUAAUGGUUGAAAAUAAGAAGAAAAAGUUUGGAUUCUUUGUUUGUUCAUCAGAGAAAGCAGAUAUGCAUGAUAGAUACACCAAACAGUUUACUAUUGCAUCAACACCGUAUCCAGGUGUAGAGUUUUUCUCUUUGUUCAACCAGAAUAGACACGAUGCCAAAGAUCUAUUCUAUGGAUGGGAUUUCACCGAAUAUCCUGCGGAGCUUAAAAUCGAUAAGAAUUCAGUUCCUGUCAUCUGGGAGCAAUAUAAAUCUUGGGAUUUAUUAAAUCUAACACAAAACUAUCUGAAAUUAUUACUUGAAUAUAUUUCGGAUGAUACCAAGGAUUCUGGUGUUUUGGUUCAUUGUAUCUCUGGAUGGGAUCGUACACCGUUAUUUAUAUCACUUUUAAGACUGAGUUUGUGGGCAGACGGUGAAAUUCAUCAAUCUUUAAAUUCCUCUGAAGUUCUCUAUCUCACAGUUGCAUAUGAUUGGUUUUUAUUUAGCCAUCAGCUUGCAGACAGAGCCGGCAGAGGUGAAGAUAUCUUUUACUUUUGUUUUUAUUUUUUGGAAUAUAUUACAUCUUAUGAUUUCUCUGUUCAUGCUUAUUCUCAUCUACAGAGAAAUCAUAAUAAUAAUAAUAAUAAUAAUAACAAUAGUAAUAAUAAUAAUAAUGUAAAUAAUAGUAAUAGUAGUAGUAAUAAUAAUAAUAAUAAUAAUCAUGUAAAUAGUCAAAAUAGUAAUGGUUGUUCAAAUAAUAAUAAUAACAACACUAACAAUAACAAUAGUAAAAACAAAUCAAAUUCACCAUCUACUAUUCAAAAUAAGGAAGGUAGAUCGAAUUCCAAUGAAGGUAGAAUGCAUAUCACUGGUCUCAACAACAACAACAACAAUGGAGGAGCAGUACCAACUACUUCUACUUCAUUGUUUUUCAACAAGCAGACCACUAGAUCACCCGGUUCAAUGGUGUACUCCUCCUACGGAAAGGGUGGUUCGCCACUCGUCGAUACUCAGUCGGCACCACCAACACCCAAGAAGAACUCACCAUCGUCGACGAUACCAGUGAAAUUCCCCAACUUGUCGUCGGCUCCCUCUACACCGGUCAGUCACUCGCCCGUUGCCACCUCGAUGAUGCUGAUGGGUGAACACCGUAUGUCAAUGUCGCCGAAUCUCUCGUCGACAACCGCCGCCUACAACUACUCGAGCACUCCGAAUGCAACCACUGGAAGCAUGAGCAUUCCAGUCGAUGUCCCACGUCACCAUCACCAUCAUCACCACCACCACAACCACCAUCACCACCAACAGCAACAACAACAACAAUAUCAAAAGGAUGCCGAGGAGUUGGGUGGAAGCUGGCAGCUGAUGGGUUCGCUACAAGACAAGAUGAAGUCACUCUCGUCGUUUGGAGGUUCCACUCCCACAAUCUUUAUGCCAUCCAACGGCAGCUUCAGCUCCAACAGUGAGAUGGAGGAGAACGACGAGACCAACUCCAAGAACGUUUCGGAUGACGACGACGAUGAAGUGGGAAGAGACUCUUCCAACGAGGAGCAGUGGGAUCCAGCAACCAAUUUCUUUUUCUACUCGAACGCGUCAGAGACAGAUUCUAAUAUCAGCAGCAGCAACAACAACAACAAUAACAAUAACAACAACAACAACAAUGGAUGUAACAAGAGAAUCAAACAGGAUGCUGGUGUCACAGGUUGCUCAUCACACGUGCGAUCAGGCGAUGAAAACAAUAACCACGACAGUACUCGAGACAAAACAAGAAAAGAGCAACACAAAGAUCAACAACCUUCCGAACACAACUCAUCAUACCAACAUCACCACAGUAACAAUUCUCAUCUUUCACGUGAGGAGAUUGAAGACAGACGAAGAGAGAGACUCAUGGAAGUCAAGUCUCUUUUCAUUACACUUUAUCAACAAUGCUGUCUUGAAACCAACGACAGUUAUUGGAAGACCAUUUUGACAUAUUUGCCAAAAUUCGGUUGA